AUGACAGUGGCAGUGGUGAUGAUGAUGAUAAUGACGAAGACAGCGGAGAAGCGGGCAAAAGAGCGAGGAAAACCGAACGCGGCUGGAUGGAGCACCAGCAGGCUAGAUAGCAAACGCAAUGGCCUUUUGUCAGGAGAAAUGGAAAAAAGAACUGACAACGGCAGCGAUAAAAGAAAAAGGCAGGAGGAGCAGCUCGUGCAGUAUCACCUCUGCUUCAGGAUGCGAAAGAGGAGGCAGGGUAGCCUGAAGCAGCGACAGGAUCGAUAUGAGAGUGUGAUGGGGACGACAGCACAGUGCCGGACAGCCUCGAAAUAG